AUUCGAGACUGCGCGGGCCCCGUGGCGUCAUCCAGCGAAACUAAUGACAAAAUGGUUCCGACAUGCUUCGGGUAGAUGACGCGCCACGAGGUCCGUGGCUGCAUUUAUUCGAGAGACGAAACAGUGACGCGAUCUCGAUAGCGAACGCGGCGUUUUUUGAGAGCUUUUUCUGUUGAAAAACAGUAGGAUUUUAGUACGUGUCUUUGAAACGUUCGAAACAUCAGCGAGGGAUCGUAAAAACAAGAGAGGGUGAGAAAAAAAGUUUCGAUCGCAUCGCGCGUUCAGCGCGCAACCUCCUUAUCACGCGUAUGCGCCGUCGCGUUUUGGCGAAGGUGAACGCAAGACCACGGAGAGCCGCGCGCGCGAGUUACCGUAUUGGUUAUAUACCGUUGGCGCCGUUACCAGCUACGCGCGUUCGGAGUUUCGGACUCGGGAGUCGUGAGUAACGAGUAGAGCGGACGGGCGGCGCGCGAGCCCGCGUGUGACUUUCCUCGUUGUUGCGGAGAUGCCGUCGCCAGUCGCGGGAACAGCAAAGUAAGGACGGCGAGACAUGUCCGGGCCGGUAGUAAGCUGCGCGCAGACACCCGACGGACACGGUGUUGAAACAGGUGCACAGGUGAUUUGCGUGAUCUGCAACAAAAGUGACAAACUGUUGAGGUGCUCGCGUUGCAAGGUCGUCUUCUACUGUACGAAGGAGCACCAGAGACUCGAUUGGAAACGUCAUCGGGAAUUUUGCGCGACUCAUCCGGCGCGUGUCGCAUCUGCCGCGCCUGCGGAACAGCCGUUUUCCACCGCGAAGCGGAAUCUCUCCGUCGGCAGCCGCAAACUCGCAACCGCGCCAGACCAGGUUUCUAACCUAAGCGAGACCUCGAACGUCACUCCGGAGUCGCGUCAGAACGCGAAACAACUCGCAGAUUCCGUUACGCAAGGAGACAACGACACGAGUGAACGGUACGAGGAACGAAAGGAGAAUCUUAAGAGGAAACCAAACGGCAACGGCAGGACGAGGAGCAACGCAACGCAACGCAACAGCAAGCCCGAUGGUUGGACAUCACCUAUAACUUACGAGGGCAGUUCGGAGGACACGAUUCUGGGAGCUCGAGCCGAGCUUCUAAAUCCCGCACUGGAGAGCUCGAGAAUCUUUCACGGUAUAGACAACGCGGAUCUGGGCAUACCUACUCUGCGCCGUAACGGCAUGAAGAAUUUCCCAGAGGUGCGAUUGGGACAGGAAGAGGAACUGUUGCCUCCUUUCCUACACAGGAAAGGAAACAAGAAUAAUCUCGAAGAGUUUAUAGACAAGAUUUGCUCGUACGUGAUUAGAGACAUGGACAAGUACGGUGUGUGCGUGGUAGACAAAUUUUUAGGCAAAGAGAAGGGUACAGCGGUGUUGAAUGAAGUUUUGGACAUGUACAGUGCCGGGUUAUUUAAAGACGGACAAUUGGUUUCCAACAAAGCUAGCGCAAAUGACUUGAAGACUAUUCGUGGUGACCAGAUAAUCUGGCUGGACGGAAAGGAGCAACAGUGUCAAAAUAUCGGCAUGCUGAUAUCGCAGGUAGACGCGAUCAUCAUGAGAGCCAAUAAAAUGCACAACAAUGGGAAAAUAGGCAAUUAUACGAUCAACGGGCGAACGAAAGCAAUGGUGGCAUGUUAUCCUGGUCACGGUUCGCAUUACGUUAAACACGUGGACAAUCCUAACCGAGACGGACGUUGCAUCACGGCCAUUUACUAUCUUAACCGGGAUUGGGACAUCAAGGAGAACGGCGGACUAUUGAGGAUAUUUCCCGAUGGAUGCGAUCAAGUAGCCGACAUUGCACCUCUCUUUGACAGGAUAUUAUUUUUCUGGUCCGACAGGCGGAAUCCGCACGAGGUACAACCGGCGUACAAAACUAGGUACGCCAUCACGCUCUGGUACUUUGACGCCGAAGAAAGGAAUCAAGCCUGUCGGAGAUAUCAAAGAGAAAGGGAACUACACGCAAAAAGUAAUAGUUCGUGAGGCCCAGGAUGCGAGGAACCACCACGCCGUCCGACUGGACUGAAAUUAUACUUGUACAUAAGAAAAGAAUAUUACGUAUUAUAUAUAUAUUAUAAUUUUUGCAGGAGGAAUUGAAUAGCGUACGGACAAAAUUACUAAAGACAAAAACGCGCGUUUACAAGAAAGUGCAAUAGACGUAAGAGCGCUCUGUUCCUUUUUUUUUCUUUUCCUUUUCUUACAAAUCGCGCUGUAAUAUACGUGAUACGCGUUGACGUGUGUGUAGUUGUUGCAAUUUACGCAAUUUACAUGUACCUAUAUUCGUUUACUUGGAUUUCCAAGAUUCUACGCGUUCGCACUUUGUAAUCUACUACUAUUUAAAUUUAAACUUUGAAGUGUCAGAUAUGCUCCCCAUGUUUUAAGGAAAGCUUACGUUUGGGAAUUAACUUUCCGUUACAUCAAGUAUUAAAUAGUCUUUCUAGUAUGUCGCAUUUGAGAUAUUUCAAGUGAGAUGAUCAAAAUGUAACAAGUAUGGUGUAAUAGAAGAAUUCAGAAACUUUCGUGGACGUUACACCACGCUGGUGUGAUACUGUCUCCGUAAUUUGCGCCGUUUAUUUAAGCAAUAUUGCUGCAAUGAGUUGCUAAAUGAGAAUAUUGCUCAUAGACGAGGGCGUAAGGUGACGUUACGAUGAAACGUUCAUCUUUUCACGUCAUCACGUUUGUUUUAGUACGGCCAGUAAUCGAGAAUCAUGCUUCCAUUGUAACGAAAUGAAUAGAAAUCGGGGCCCAGUCUGUACCUGUGUAUAAUAUUAUGUACAUUGAGAAGCGAUA